AUGGUCGGGUCGGAGGCCUUCAGAGCUGCUCCGCCUCAAAUUAACCGGCGAUGGGAAAAAAACAAGAGCUUCAAGGGCGGAGCUGAAAAUCAACAAUCUCCUUCCACCAUUUUCGUUGCGAAUUUGCCGUUUUCAUUAACUAACGCUCAGUUGGAAGAAGCGUUCAGUGAUGUCGGACCAAUACGACAGUGCUUUAUGGUCAUGAAGAAGGGGUCAACUGAACACCGAGGAUUUGGCUAUGUUCAGUUUGCUGUUGUUGAAGAUGCAAAUCGUGCCAUUGAGCUUAAAAAUGGUUCAACCCUUGGUGGUAGAAAGAUUGUGGCUAGACUAGCUGCACAUCGUGCUCCACUUGAGCAACGCCGAGCUAAAGACAAUCAAGGCCAAUCGGAGGAAGCUGUCCAAACAAAGAAUGACAAAGCUGUUGAAAACUCAGUUGAAGACAAGGCUGUUGAAACAGCAGUUGAAGACAAAUCUGUUAAAACUGCAGUUGCAGGCAAAGCUGUUAAAGCAGCAGUUGCAGACAAACCUGAAAAGACUCCAAGUAUUAAAGGAAAAGGUGCUGCAAGGGAGAAAAGAAAAAUGGAGGAUGUUUCGACUGCUGCCCUUGGCGAAGCAAAAAAAUCAGAAAAACAAAGGUUUAUUAAAUUUAAACAGGUUGCUAAGACUGUAAUAUGUGGUAAUAUCCUUAAUAACGAUAUGGCCGAGGAAGUACAUCAUGUAGCAAGAGAGCUUGGGAUUGUAUGCUCUGUCACUUACCCACUUCCAGAGGGAGAACUUCAACACCACGGGCUAGCUCAAGAUGGAUGCAAAAUGAACGGUUCCUCUGUACUUUAUACAAGUGUAAAAUCAGCUCGUGCGUGUGUUGCAGCACUGCACCAGAAAGAGAUACAAGGGACAUCUGUUUGGGCACGCCAACUUGGUGGAGAGGGUUCUAAAACUCAGAAGUGGAAGCUUAUCGUGAGAAAUCUUCCAUUCAAGGCUAAAGUGGCUGAGAUAAGAGAGAUGUUUGCUACUGUAGGAUUUGUUUGGGAUGUAGUUAUUCCUCAAAAUUCUGAGACUGGGUCAUCUAAAGGAUUCGCAUUUGUUAAAUUCACAUCAAAGCAAGAUGCAGAAAAGGCCAUCCAGAACUUAAAUGGGAAAAAAUUUGGUAAAAGACCAAUUGCUGUUGAUUGGGCUGUUUCAAAAAAGAUCUAUGCAUCUUGCAAUAAUACUGUCGCCGCCACAGUGGAUGGGAAGGAGGAAGAUGAUGGUAGCAGUAGUGAAUCAGAGGGCAAUGAUGAAGAAUCAUUCAUAAAACCUGAAGUGGAUUGUGAUAAUUCUACUGAUGAGUCCGAUUCCUUUGACAAGGAUGGGAGUAAAAGUGAAAUUAAUUUUGAAGAAGAAGCAGAGAUAACAAAAAAUUUACUUCAGAACAUUAUUUCUUCAUCUUCUGGAAAUGUUGAUGGUGGUGAUGAUUCCGGAUUGUCUAGAGGAAACAUCGGUAAAUCCAUGCCAGGUGAAAGUAAGUCUUCUGUUGCAUUGGACACCCAGGUUGCCACUACCAUGAGUGUUAGUGAAGAAAAACCUAACAUAACAAACCCCCAAGGGGAAGAAGAGUUGCAGCGAACGAUUUUCAUUAGCAAUCUUCCUUUUGAUAUCACUGUUGAGGAAGUGAAACAACGUUUUUUGGCAUUUGGUGGAGUGGAGACUUUUAUGCUAGUUCUUCAUCCAUUUACAAAGCGCCCAAGAGGAACUGGAUUUCUCAAGUUUACAACAAUAGAUGCGGUCAGUGCUGCACUGUCAGCAGCCGACACAGUAGCUGGUCUGGGGAUCUUAAUAAAAGGCCGACCAGUGAAAGUACUGAAGGCUCUGGACAAAAAAACAGCUAAUGAUAAGGCACUGGAUAAGGCAAAGAAAGAUGACGGUGACCACCGCAAUGUUUACCUGGCUAAGGAGGGUUAUAUAAUGGACGGAAUGCCUGCUGCAGUAGGAGUUUCAGCAAGUGAUCUGACAAAAAGGAAGAAGUUACAUGAAGAUAAGAUGUCUAAGCUUCAAUCUCCAAACUUCCGAGUAUCAGAGACAAGGCUUAUUGUAUACAAUGUGCCAAAGACUAAGAAUGAAAGAGAUCUGAAAAAUCUUUGUAUGAAUGCAGUAAUUUCUCGUGCAACAAAGCAAAAGCCAGUAAUUCGACAGAUAAAGAUCUUGAAGGAUUCAAAAGUUCGAAAAGAAGGUGAAAAAAGUUGCCCGCGUGGAGUGGCUUUCUUAGAGUUCACAGAGCAUCAACAUGCACUCGUGGCCCUGAGAGUUCUUAAUAAUAACCCUGAUAUCUUUGGUCCUGAACAUCGCCCCAUUGUGGAGUUUGCACUAGAUAAUGUGCAGAAGCUGAAGCUUCGGGCAGAAAAGAUUCAAGCACAACAACUGCAGGGCCCCCAAGAUGCUAGUGGGAAUUUUCGGCAAAGUGAUCAUAUAGGCAGAGGGGGUUCCAUUGCAAACUCAAACUCAAGAAUACGCAAUAGAGACGGAGAUGCCUCGAUGAGGACUUACAAUAACAAAAGAGGGGAAUUGGCGAGCAAAGCAAUGGUCGCUGGGCAAGGUCCUAGAAAAGUUGCAAAGAGCAGAGUUUCUGUGCCCAAGAAGAAGUCCAGCAUUAAAGUUUCUGAUCAGGGGAAUGGAAGAGAGUCAGGUGGUCAGGAGCUUAUACCAAGCAAUACUAUGACUAAGAACGAAGGAAGAGACGCUGGCGUGCCCAGAAGAAGGAUGCCUCGUGAGCAAUUGGAACAAUCAACGGAAGGAGAUGGCGGUGAGCGGAGCAGGAAACGCAGGAAAAGAAACGAUCCGAUAGGGCGCGAUGUAACAGAUAAACUGGACAAGCUUAUUGAACAGUACAGGACCAAAUUCACCGGAAGCAGUUCUACCCAAUCUGGUAGUAAAAAGCAAGGCACCAAGACUCUUAAAAGAUGGUUUCAGUCAUAAUAUGUGUGUUUAGCAGUCCUUCAUAUUUUGAUCCAAAUGCAAUAUUGUAGCAUGAAAAGAGAAAUCAAGAAACUCCACUGAAUGUAUUUGGUGCAUCGACAAUUGAAAAUGCAUAGUGGUUAGUGGAUUUUGGAGCUGA